GCCAGGCCAGCUCAAGGCCAUGCAGUCUUCCAACUACCCCGUCGUUCCCCUCUUUGCCAUACCUACCCUUUGGAAUACAACUUAGCCUAUCACAUGGGCUCAAGGCGGGUGGUUGCAUUUUCACCAGAGGUCCGUCUGAGCCCAACCAGGCAGGCUGUCGGGAGACAAUCUGUAGGGCAAAUAUGGACCUUCAACACCCUGCCCCACAGCGGGGCUCCCAGGCACUGGCUGUCUCCUUCGAAAUCCGCUAGCAUGAUGCGCCAUAUCAACCUUAACUCUCCCAACAAAGGUCUGCUGUCAGAUACCAUGACGGACGUCCCCGUGGAUAAUGCUAGUGUGGCUACUGCUCCUCCUCCGAGGGCCUCUACCUACAAUGGGCUCACUGAAGCUGAGGAAGAGGAGCUAAAGUCUGAGCUGGCCAAGGUAGAAGAGGAAAUUGGCACUCUGCGCCAGGUACUGGCUGCCAAAGAGAGACACUGCGGAGAGCUGAAAAGAAAGCUGGGGUUGACCCCGCUGGAUGGGCUGAAGCAAAACCUCUCCAAGAGCUGGCAUGAUGUCCAGGUUUCCAAUGCAUAUGUUUCGGCCAGCAGCACUCUGGAGGACUGGAAUGAGAAAUUAACCCAAUCAGAAGCUUACAAGAAGACGCAGGAAACGCUGUCACAGGCAGGACAGAAGACUUCUGCUGCCCUUUCCAAUGUUGGUUCUGUGAUCAGCCGGAAACUUGGAGACAUGAGCUGGUGACCCAAGAUGAAAGUUGAGGAAAAACUGUUUAUCUUGCCUAGCCUUGGCCUACAAUCUUAUAUAACUUUGGUAAUUAUAAACAAGAAGACUGCAAUUGCUUAAUGUCAAGUUCCUAACAAUCUUUUUUAAAUUGGCAUAAAUCUUUUUCACUGUAUAUUUAAUGCAUUGGUGUUUGUCAACCAACCAAUUUUUAAACCAAUGAGAACUUGGUUUAUUUGGCAUGAUUAGAAUGGAGCGAUGAAUGUAAGAGAGCUUCCUUUGCCUGAGCACUGUGUUGCUUGAACACUGGGCAACAUCCAGAUGAGUUAGUAAUGACACUUAAGUCUCACUAAUUUUAAUGCAGCUUAGUCUGGAUGUUGCCCACUUCAAGACUUUCCUUGUGCUGAGCACCCUUUUAAAACGGGUUUCCAAACCUUGUAAUCUAGGGACCAUCUCUCAGCAUCUCUGGCCACAAUGGUCAAAGGGCACUGUGGCGGGAGAUGCUGAGAAUUGUAGUCCAGCAACAUCUAGGGUCCCAGUGUUGGGAGCCCCUGUUAAACUAUAUGGAUCUUCAGUCACUUUUUUGUAAUCUAAUGGAAGUGAUAUAGGAUUAUUGGCUCCAUGGAUGUAGCUGCUUGCUUGAAACACUUUCAGUCCCCUCUCCAACUGAAUGUGUGACAAUUCUGCAGUGCCCAGAGCCUUUCCUGGCCUAAGCACAGGUUUAAAAGCAGACUAGAAAGCUUGAUAGUAACUCGCUUGGAAGUUGCAGGAGGUCUUAUUGUUUAAGGGCCCACAGAUUAAAUGUGAUGCUGGUGUUGGGGGGAGAGAGAGAACUGCUGUUUGGCCUCCUUCAUAUGAAGAGUGACAGGAAGAUGACCAAUUCCUUAGGUAGCUGAUGGAAUACAAUGAAAUCUGCCUAUGAAAUAGCACAAACUCUUUCCCUGCUUCCAAGAGGUCUUCUAGUUGGUAUAUACUACAGGUGUUGCAUGGAUUAACCACCUAAUGUCUAAAAAUAUUUAGUAUGACUGAGUAGAAUCUAGUCCUUGAUUCAUCACAACCCUGAUUCUUCCCAGGAAUGUGCCUUUCCCCCUGUGGUUGGGGAUAUCCGAGUGGUAAGCACCGGCAUAUAAACUCUGAUCACAUAAUAGCACUUGGAGAUCUGUGGGCACCUCUGGCAAAUAGUUGCUUUCAUAUUCCUUGAAUUGUCAAAUGACCUGCUUUCCCUUCAAGGCAUCAGGCGUGUGCUGAUGUACCAUAUCAUUAGCCCAGGCUUUUGUUUCAUUACCAUUUGCCAGAAGCACCCCUUCAAAUUUAAAACAAAAAACACUUUGUUUUCAUUUUUAUAAGCUGAGGAAAACCAGAACUUAAACUACUUUUGUUUGGCAUUGUGAACUAAUCUGGUUACAGGUGGCCUUGUUAUCCACGGUCCUGGCACCCAUGGUUUCACGUGUCGGCAAUGCAGACCCAACCUCAUUAUACACAGUUUGAGAAAUAGUAAGACCUUGCUUAUCCAUGGUUCCUAGGUGGACAGUAAUGACCUCAGAGGCCCUUUCUGGCCAUUUUGCUGAACAGAACCAUUUUGUGGCUCUUUAAAAAAUACCCCCACAAUUUUUCACAGAAAAUCAGUGGAGUUUGGGGCAGGGGGCCAUUGCUGGACAGCUGGGGACCAGGAGAGCAUGGUAUGACACUUUAUUUCUGCCUUCUAAGCCCUUUUUUCACCUCCAGAAACGUAACCCUCCAAUUCCGAUUGCCUCAAGGUCUCUCUAUCCACAGUUGUAGCGAGAAUGGAAACCCCACAGAUAACGAGGGCCACCUGUAUUAAACAAGGCAAGGCAUCAAGCUUUACGCUGCUGCUAGCAAAGGCAUGAACUGAUCUUCUUACAAAGAUUGUUGGAAUGAAUUAUUAAAUCCUACACAGAAAAAGGGGUGGUAGUUUUUUGAAGGGACAUGCUAACAACAUGGUAUGCAGUGCCAGCACGACCAAAACUGCACAGCACCUAAAAAGCAGGAACAGAACGUUAGUGGUGGCUAACAAGGAGAGUAAGCUGAAUUGGAAAAGGUGGAAUAAUAUCUACCAUAUUCUGUAAUCUUGGAUUGUUAUGCAUCUGAACAGGUGCUCAGAUGACUUGUAGUGUUCAGUCACCUCCUCAGAGGAAUGCGACUUAAGUAGUGGUUGGGAGAAGGGUGAAGCUCAUCAUUAGAGAAUAGUGUGGCUUCCACCAAAACCAGUAGCAUGUCUCCUUCUCGUGUUAAAUGUUGGGGUGUGAUGUGAUACCAUGUUUACUGCCCUUGCAAGCAGCAGCCAAUGAAGUGGGAGAGUAGUCAGUCUCUUAUGGCUCUUUCCAGGCCUUGCGCAACAAGGUUGCUCAAAGAAAUUCAUGUGUAAACCACCUUGACACUUGUAGGUGGUUUACAGUAAAAGAACUCUUGCUAACAAGCCUGACUUAUGUGAUCAGAGGCUAAAGGGAGUGGAACUGGUGUUUGUAGUGAACCUCUUCUUUGAGUGGAAGAGAUGGCCUAGUCCGUCAUGUGGUCUUUGAGGUUCUGCUGUCUGUCCACACUUCAUUCUGUCACUAGGCAAAAUAGAUUUCUUUUUCUAGCAUGUUUGCAGUGUUAUGCUUGUCGAAGGGUCUUCGCUAGUUAGAAAACAAGGAGAAGGUAACAGAAUGGGGACAAAGGUGGCAGCACAUCUCGAUUGAAUCUCUGCAGCAGAAGUCUCUAGAACUUCAGUCUCCUGUUCGAUAAGCUUGUGACCAAUGCAUUUAGAUCUCUCCUAUAGCAUCUAACCAUAAUUAAAUGCAUCACUUAGCGACUCCUUUAGAAGUGAUCAGUAGUACAGUUGGUCUUCCAUCACUCUGGGAAAUGAGAGCAACUGCCCCAUGGUGACCUAGCAUCUGCUCCUUUUUUGCAUCUGGUGUGAGUUGGGCUGGAAUCCGCACUGAAUUUUAUCACACGGGGAAGCUGUAAUGCCCUCAAGUACUUCCUUGGAAGAGUGCUUGUCUCUUGAUUCUCAAUCUUUGACACUUCAGUUCUGGCCAUCUAAUUGGAACAGCAAGGAAGAAACGAAGGGAUCAAGGCGAGGGAGCCAAUGAUUGCGUUGCUAGAGCACACUGCCCCACUCGCAAUACGGCCUGGAGUGCUUUGCGAGAGACAGAUCUCUUGAUCUUGAUCUCACUAGGGUGCUGUGAAUCUGGGUGUUACAAUAUUGUUAGUGUGGCCAAAGGUUUCCCAACUUGUUUACUGGCUAAGCUCUCCACAGACCUGGAGAGAGAUCUCCACAGAUCUGUUUCCCUUAGAAGGAUGGAAGCUUCUCCUGUGCACUCCGGAAUCUGUAGUCAGGAUCUGCAGGGUCUGACAAUCUUCUGCAGUACAGAUUUCCAGCUAAGCUGGUAAUAACAGAAGGGAAAAGCCAGGCUGCUGGCAUGUAUGGCAUUGAGCAUGUCUUCAUUCUUAAUUUUGAUCUCCCCACCACCACCACACACACAGAAACACUUUUCCCCUGGGGGUGAAGGUCUGUCAGGUUUCAAUUAGGCAAAAACCUGUACUAUGUGAUCAGUGGAUCAGGUGACCUCCUGGCCAAAGUAACUUUCCAAACCUGUAAGUCAGGGUUCUCAAAUUUGUCUCCCCAGAUGUUGUUGGACUACAGCUGUCAAAGUCCAUUGUGACUGAGGAUGAAUAUAGUCCAACAUCUGGGAACCCAAAUGGGAGAAUCCCUGCUGCGCGUGUUGUGGCUGUUGGCAAAGCAUGUCACAUCGCUUACUGCCCCCUACGGAGUUAUCAGUGAAAUAAUAAAUGAAACUUGGAUUAUUUGACUUUGUGGUAUGAAUUGCAGUAUAGAAAUGCUGCCCUCCUGCAAUGCUUGGAAUAUAACUUUGCUCUCUCUCCUCUCCCCUCCCCACCUUUCUCCAGACCUAGUUUUUUGUUCCUGCUCUUCCCCUGGUUGCCCUCUAGGCAGGUUCUUUGGCCAUCUUUGAGUAUUGUGUGUAUUUAGUGGGUUUGAAUCUUGAACCUAACUGGCCUUCUCUUGCUACUUUCACUUUCUGCUGCUGUUGG